CAUGGGGCGUGCCCUGUUAGUAACCUGUUAUUACUGUGUAUCACUCCCUACCCUCCAGUCAAUUGCAGCUUUCCUUGUGCGACUGCAGGAACCAGCUGGAUAAACAGGGGUUGGACUUCCCCUACAGAGCUAAUAUUCCCUUUCUAGAUGUCAGAGAAACGAAACCGAAAGCGCAAAGCAGGGGAAAUAUAAAUAGCAGGAGGCGGACACAGUCGCACAGACAGAAUAUCCUGCACUGUCGCUGUAGCAAACACUGGAAUAAUAUCAGGCACUGAACAUUUAGCGACUGUGGUUAAUCCGGAGUGAAAAUGCCCCAGAACAACAAUGAAGACGCACGGAACAUUGAGCUGAUUGAGUGUGUGAGGGCUCGGCUGGUCAGGUACAUCCAGGUGGUGCCGGUGUUGGACCAUAUCACCUCGCUGGGCAGGGACAUUAGGGAUCAGAUCGUGACCAAAGCGCGACAUUUCGGGGACCAGGAAGCGACCAGGCUGCUGUUAGAUUUCAUAGUAAAGGGCCCAAGGGAAUCUGGCUGGUUUGAGGAAUUUGUCCGGGCUCUGAAAGACUCGCAUUGUACCCAGGCUGCAGCGUACCUCUCCGAGGAACGUCCGACCCCCUCUCUGGAAGCUGCAUGCGACUACUACGAACAGCUGCUUAUCGUCCUCUUCCCAGAGCUGGUCACUAAAAUCAGUCCUAAAGAAACGGCCGAUGUUUGUCGUGAAAAAGGCAUCUGCAACGAUGAAGAUGUGACUGUGAUCAAUCUUGUGACUGAUCAGCAGGGAGAUCGACAAGGAAGCAGAGAACUCCUAAACAGAAUCAUCAGAAAACAGGGCUGGUUUUCGAAGUUUUUGGAUGUAUUGCAUAACAUGGGUCAGAAUGGGCUUGCUAAUUACUUAACAGGAGCCAACACUGACGAAAAUGCAGAGAGCAGUGGUAACAGGAUGACAGCAGACGGAGCUGAUGAUUCCUCCGUUGCUUUUGAAGUUGUUGUGAGAAACCACGAGCCUGGAAACCAUGAUGUGAAAUGUGAAAACAAUUUAGCCGAGACCUCAUUUGGUGGAAGCUCUGCUGUGUCAGAUUUGGACACAAGCGCUUCCGAGUUAAAUUUCAGCACAGAAAUUGAAAGCAACGAAUCAGCAGAUGAACAAGAAGAUACAUCUACCAGCAGAGCAUCCCCAGUACCUGAAAUAACAUUGAGAAAUUACCAAAUGGAAGUAGCAAAGCCAGCCUUGUUGGGAAAGAAUAUUAUCAUAUGCCUUCCUACUGGCAGUGGGAAAACUCGAGUGGCGGUAUACAUUACCCGGGAACAUCUACGUAAGCGAAGGGAAAACGGCCAGCUCUCAAAGGCAAUCGUACUCGUCAACAAGGUGCCUUUAGUGGAGCAGCAUUACCGCAGAGAGUUUUAUCCUUUCCUAAAGGAUCGUUAUCAAGUCACUAAAAUAAGUGGGGAUUCCCAGCUGAAGAUCUCAUUCAGUAAAGUAGUUCAACAAAAUGAUGUUGUUAUAUGUACAGCUCAGAUACUGGAGAAUUCUCUCAUCCAAGCAUCUGAGGAUGAAGAGGAGGGGGUCCAACUAUCUGAUUUCUCCCUCAUUAUAAUUGAUGAAUGUCAUCACACCCAGAAGGAUGCUGUGUACAAUAAUAUCAUGAUCCGUUACAUCAAACAAAAAAGGCUAAAUAACAGGAACAAAAAGACACAAAAGGCAGAGGUUCCACUGCCUCAAAUACUUGGACUUACAGCUUCGCCAGGUGUAGGAGGGGCCAAAAACAGAAAAAAGGCAGAAGAACAUAUUCUGAGGAUAUGUGCAAACUUGGAUGCAUACAAUAUCAUGACUGUGCAAGAAAAUGCAGAUCAGCUGAGAAAGCAAGUGAAAGAUCCAUACAAGGAGGUCAAGAUUUCAGAUGAAAAGAAGAAGAAUCCAUUUGGAGACAAAAUAAAGGAGAUCAUGGGAAAGAUCGAGGAGUAUAGCAUGCUGUAUGCUACAUCUGAACAUGGAAGUCAGUCAUAUGAGCAAUGGGUUAUUCAGACAGAUAAGACAGCUGCCAAAGAAGAAAAACGAAAGGAACACGUGUGUGCAGAACAUCUAAGGAAGUACAAUGACGCUCUACAGAUUAAUGACACCAUUCGCAUGACUGACUCCUUAUUACACCUCAGCAAAUUUUAUGAAGAGGAGACAAAACGGAAAACUCUGUUAAACGAAGGUUCAGCUAAAGUAGCUCCAUUAAACAUUGACGAAACAGACAGAUUCCUAAUUGACUUAUUUUACGACAAUAUAAAGGAACUUACUGCAAUUGCUGAAAAUCCCAAUUAUGAAAAUGAGAAUCUAAAUACACUCAGGUCAUCGUUGCUGGAAGAGUUCACCAGGAAUCGCCAAGCAAGAGGCAUUAUCUUCACCAAGACCCGUCAGAGUGCUGUUGCCUUAAAUCAAUGGAUCAGCGAUAAUGAUAAAUUUACAGAAGUGGGUAUUCGAUCCAGUUACCUUAUUGGAGCAGGACACAACAGUGACUUUAAACCAAUGACUCAGAAUGAGCAAAAGCAAGUCAUUCAUAAAUUCAGCACUGGAGAACUUAAUCUACUGAUUGCGACAAGCGUUGCAGAAGAAGGUUUAGAUAUAAAGGAGUGCAAUAUUGUUAUUCGAUAUGGGCUGGUCACAAAUGAAAUAGCUAUGGUACAGGCACGUGGCCGAGCCAGAGCCGACGAUAGUUCCUAUGUGUUAGUGGCACCCAGUUCAUCAGGAGCUAUUGAGCGUGACAGUGUUAAUGAGUAUAAAGAAGAGAUGAUGCAUAAAGCUAUUGCCAAAGUACAAAAGAUGGAGCGAGCAGAUUAUUUUGAAAAGACUGAGGAAUUUCAAAUUCAAAGCAUCAUGGAGAAAAAAGUGAAGAUAAAGAAGGCAACAAUCAAAGUAUAUCAGAGUCAGCCUUCCCUGGUAACCUUCCACUGCAAGAAAUGCUCCAAGCAAGUGUGUUGUGGGACCGACAUUCAGGUCAUAGCAACCGCUCAUCAUGUUAAUAUAUCUCAGAAAUUCAAAACCCUCUAUAGUAAAGGAGCAAAUAAAACAUUGCAAGAAAAGUUUGCAGAUUACCAAAUAAACGGUGACAUAAUUUGCAAGGCAUGUGGAAAAACAUGGGGGACAAUGAUGGUACACAAAGGAAUCGAAGUACCAUGCCUUCAAAUCAGUAACUUUGUAGUUAAAUAUGAUGAUAAGAAAAUGACUAAGGACACCUACAACAAGUGGAGUGAACUGCCAAUCAAGUUCCCAGUCUUUAAAUAUGCUCUCAGUGAUAGCGAUGAGGAUUAUGUUUGAAAUGUUACUUUUUAUUUCCAAUAGUUUUUAUGAUCUUACAUUGCAAAUUACAUUACAGCCUUAUGCCACCAUACAGUUCUUUGUACCUCUAAUUGAGAAUAUCUUUAACAUCUAAAAUAUAAAACCAUGCCAUGCAUGUUAAAAUUUUAAACAUAUAUUUAAAGGAUCACUAUACCCUCUUUGCACUUAUGACUUGUGCUUAGUUCAAAGGAAUCUCUAUACUUACUAAAGGAAACCAAGGCAGUGGUCCUCCAAAAAGCAAUGAAAGACAAUCAGGGUGAAGUUUGUGGAUGAAUAAUUAUUUACUCUUUUGAAUGUCCCUGGAACUAUAAGAUAGUGCCAAAAAGAAGGACUAAACUCAAAAAGUCUGAAGUUCUCUGACCUAUGGGAUUGUCCAUAUUAAUAAGCAUUCCUAUUAUGGAGAUGUCUGGCUGUGGAUAUCCUUGGAAGUUUUCCUUUUAUAUGAUUAUAAUACAAUAGGGAGGCAAUGGGUGGUGAUAAAUACACUUCUGUGCCAGCCAUAUUGAAACAACAGCUAAAGCAAGAAUAUAUUUGCAAGAUCAAGUAGCACUUAGGCAGGUUAUAUAUAUAUAUGUAUGUAUGUAUGUAUGUAUGUAUGUAUGUAUGUAUGUAUGUAUGUAUGUAUGUAUGUAUGUAUGUAUGUAUGUAUGUAUGUAUGUAUGUAUGUAUGUAUAUAUAUAUAUGUGAGGUACUUAGAGCUGUUUCUAUUUCCAUCAGACAAGUACAAAUGGAAAAAUUAAGGUGUGGUUGUCCUCUUAGUUCUGUCUUUAACACUUGGAAAUCAAAAGCAAAUCAAUUAUGUAUAUUGAAUUAAAUUUUAUUGUGGAAUUGAA